CCGUUUGCCCGCCCGCACGUAUUCCCAAAACAAAAACCCUAAAUCCCGACCCCAAUUCCUCUCUGAGCUCUUCUUUUCUCUCGAACCCCGACCCCAAAUCCUCCUCCUCCGCCUCAAUCCCGACCCCAAUUCCUCCUCCCACGCCUCCUCCACCGCCCAAUUUCUCUGAGCUUAGGGAGAGUCUCCGCGUGGUCUCUCUCCCUGCUGGGAGAUCGUCGACGUCGCCGGACGCGCAGUACAGCUGCUCAACUAUGGUGGCUCAAGAAUCAGAUCCGGUUGUUGAUUACAAAACCCUAACCGUCCCAGUGAAAUCUGCUGUCGAUAAGUUCGAUCUCCUCCCUGCCUUUCUCAAGGUGAGGGGAUUAGUGAAGGAGCACAUUGAUUCCUUUAACUAUUUCAUCGACCAUGGCAUCCACAAGAUCGUGGAGGCUAACAAGCGGCUAGUCUGUGUUCAUGACCCAACCCUUUUCCUUGAGUAUAAAAGGAUCUAUGUGGGCAAUCCUACUGUCCACGUAGAUCUUGUUGAGCAGAAGAUCACACCUCAGAUGUGUCGCCUUUCUGAUCGAACUUAUGCAGCUCCAAUUUUCGUUGAUGUUGAGUUUACCAAAGGGAAUCAACCAAACAAGCAAAUUGAACAAAGGCAACGUAUGCAAAUAGGGCAAAUGCCAAUCAUGCUCCGAAGUUCCCACUGUGUAUUAAGAGGAAAGGAUGAAGCUGAGCUUGCAAAGCUAGGUGAAUGUCCUCUUGAUCCUGGUGGGUACUUUAUUGCUAAAGGGAAUGAAAAGGUUAUUCUGAUACAAGAACAACUUUCAAAGAAUCGGAUUAUUAUUGAUAGAGAUAGUAAGGGACGGGUAUCAGCAUCAGUUACAAGCAGCACGCAUGAGACAAAAAGCAAAACUGUCUUCUUCAUGGAGAAAGAUAAAAUAUAUCUACAACUUAAUCAGUUUUCUAAGCCAGUUCCAAUUAUGAUAAUCUUGAAAGCUAUGGGUAUUGAGAGUGAUCAGGAGAUUGUCCAAAUGCUCGGAAGAGAUCCACGAUAUGGCAGUCUCCUUCUUCCAUCCAUUCAGGAAUGUUACUCUGAGAAAAUAUACACACAAAAGCAAGCAUUGGAUUACCUUGAUGAGAAGGCGGGGAGCACUGGUGCUGCGCGAGCUAGAAUAAGAAAGGAAGGUGAAGCAAGAAAAAUUAUACGUGAUAUAUUUCUUGCUAAUGUGCCGGUUAGUCAUGGUAAUUUUCGACCGAAAUGUAUCUAUGCUGCGGUUAUGCUGAGACGAAUGAUGGAUGCAAUUCUAAACUCAGACACCAUGGAUGAUAAGGAUUACGUGGGAAAUAAACGUUUGGAGUUAUCUGGGCAGCUUAUGUCGCUGCUUUUUGAGGAUUUAUUCAAAACAAUGAACACACAUGCUUUAGAACAUGUGAACAGCGCGUAUUCAAAGUCUAAUAGCGCAAUGCUGGAUUUUACUUCUGUUCUACAAAGGUUUUCACCCAUCACACAGGGAUUAGAAAGAGCGAUUUCUACUGGGAAUUGGGAUUUGAAACGAUUCAAAAUGCAUCGUAAGGGUGUCUCACAGGGUCUGUGUAGGCUUUCCUUUAUUGCUGCUUUGGGCCACAUGACACGCAUAUCUCCGCAAUUUGAGAAAACUAGAAAAGUUAGUGGUCCGAGAGCUUUGCAACCAAGUCAGUGGGGCAUGCUUUGCCCGUGUGACACUCCAGAAGGGGAAGCAUGUGGUUUAACAAAAAAUCUUGCUUUAAUGACUCAUGUUACAACUGAUGAAGAAGAGGGCCCAAUUAUAUCCGUGUGUCAGAGCUUGGGUGUUCAAGAUUUGGCGUCUCUUUCUGGCGAGGAGAUUCAUUCACCAACAUCGUUUUUGGUAAUUUUCAAUGGUCUCAUACUAGGAAAGCACAAAGACCCUAAGCGGUUUGCGAAUGCCAUGAGAAAGUUGCGCAGGAAAGGGAAACUUGGGGAAUUUGUGAGCAUUUUUGUAAAUGAUCAGCAGCGCUGUGUAUAUGUUGCGUCUGAUGGAGGCCGUGUUUGUCGCCCGCUUGUGAUAGCUGAUGAGGGGGUUUCAAGAAUCAAGGAACAUCAUAUGAAGGAAUUGAGGGAUGGAGUUCGCUGUUUUAACGAUUUUUUACGUGAUGGAUUGAUUGAGUAUCUUGAUGUUAACGAAGAGAACAAUGCUGUGAUAUCAUUGUACGAGCAUCAGGACAAAGACCUCAAUGGAGAAAAGAACGAGGUUGACAGGAAAAGCAUAACACAUGUGGAGAUUGAACCAUUUACUAUUUUGGGGGUUUGUGCUGGACUGAUCCCCUAUCCUCAUCACAAUCAGUCACCUCGUAAUACAUAUCAGUGUGCAAUGGGAAAACAAGCUAUGGGAAACAUUGCUUAUAAUCAGCUUUUCCGAGCUGACAGUCUAAUCUACCUACUAGUGUAUCCUCAGCGACCUCUUCUAACAACAAAAUCAAUUGAGCUGGUGGGUUAUGAUAAGCUUGGAGCAGGACAAAAUGCUACUGUUGCUGUGAUGAGCUACAGUGGUUAUGAUAUUGAAGAUGCAAUUGUCAUGAACAAGUCAUCCCUUGACCGUGGUUUUGGCCGUUGUAUAACAAUGAAAAAAUAUUCUGUUUUGAAAGAGAAAACUGACAGAAUUAUUAGACCUCAAAAUGAGCAGAACAAGCAGAUACUUGAUGCUGAUGGUAUAGCUGCACCUGGGGAAAUAAUUAGAAAUCACGAUAUCUAUGUGAAUAAACAGAGCCCAAAAAAUCCAAGGGAUUCCUCAGCGUUGAAGGAUCAGGUCUAUGUCGACAGUAAUGCUAAAUACAAGGGCGUAGAAGGUGAAACUACUGUUGUUGACCGUGUACUAUUAUGUUCAGAUACAGAUGACAAGUUAUCUAUCAAAUGUAUCAUUCGUCAUACUCGUAGACCAGAGGUGGGUGACAAAUUUAGUAGCCGACGGGGGAUAUGCCCUGAUUUAAUUAUGAAUCCGCAUGGAUACCCUAGUCGAAUGACAAUUGGAAAAAUGAUAGAGCUUCUCGGUGGUAAGGCAGGCGUCUCUUGUGGUAGAUUUCACUAUGGCAGUGCCUUUGGGGAACCAAGUGGUCAUGCAGAUAAAGUUGAAGAUAUUAGUUAUACCCUUGUCAAGCAUGGGUUUAGCUACAGUGGCAAGGAUUUCAUCUACUCUGGCAUCACAGGUCAUCCUCUUCAAGCUUACAUAUUCAUGGGACCGAUUUACUAUCAGAAAUUGAAACAUAUGGUUUUGGAUAAGAUGCAUGCACGAGCUAGGGGACCUCGUGUGACUCUCACUAGACAGCCAACAGAAGGAAGAAGUCGAGAUGGAGGACUACGAGUAGGAGAAAUGGAACGGGAUUGUUUGAUUGCAUAUGGAGCUAGUAUGUUAAUCUACGAGCGUCUAAUGCUAUCAAGUGACCCCUAUCAAGUUCAGGUUUGCAGGAAAUGUGGUUUGUUGGGCUACUACAAUUACAAGUUGAAGACUGCCUUCUGUUCUUCAUGCAGAACUGGCGAAAACGUUGCCACUAUGAUGCUGCCAUAUGCUUGCAAGCUUCUAUUUCAGGAACUACAAUCAAUGAACGUUGUUCCCCGUCUGAGAUUGGCAGAAGUAUGAUCAAUGAGGGUGGCUAAUUGCAGAUUCAGGCAAGUAGCAGUAAGAUGUGCCGUUUGAGAUUGGCAGAAGUAUGAUCAAUGAAGGUGGCUAAUUGUAGAUUCAGUCAAAUAUCAGUAAGAGAAGGGAGCAGUUCCAAAGCAUUGGCAUUGGAGACAUUGGAAAUCUCUUGCCUUUCGAGGAUUAUGAGGAAAUAAACGAUUGCCUGAAGCAAGAGUAUCGUCAUUGAUCCCCCUUAAAGAAAAGAAAAGAAAAGAAAGCAAGAGCAUCAUUCAAAUAUAGUUGUUUGUAGCUAUAAAAUUUUGUUGUAUAGGACACCAUCUUUUAUUUGUUCUUUUCUAUCUGUGUAACGGGGUGGUGAGCAAGGAUGGAUGAAUAAUUAUCAAAUAGUUUGAUUAUUAUGCGUGCAAUUCGAUUCUGAAGAUCAUCCAAGGGAAAUCAAAACAUAAACUAACUCUAUUUU